AUGUUAUUGAAGAAGUAUUCACAUCUACUGUCGACGUCUGGGAAAUGGUUAAAUGUUUUAUUCGGCUGUCAGAUUGGUAAGCCCACGUCUUGUCAACACUAUUACUACUGUCUGCGGCAUAUACACCACCACCACCACCAACAACAACAACGUGUGGGCAGCAGUAAUCAGCCAUCAAAGCCUCGUCAAGGUGUUGAUUCUUGUAUUGAAGCAAUUCGAAAUGUUGGUCUGAUUGCUCACAUUGAUGCUGGUAAAACAACGACUACAGAACGCAUGCUGUACUAUGCCCGACGUACACACUAUUUAGGUGAAGUGGAUGAUGGCGAUACUGUGACUGAUUGCCUACCAGAGGAGCGUGAACGGGGUAUUAGCAUUGUCACUGCAGCCGCUUCUCUGUCAUGGAGAAACCAUACAAUUCACCUGUUGGAUACACCAGGACAUGUGGAUUUCACUUUUGAAGUGGAACGCAGUUUAACUGUUCUAGACAGUGUCGUCAUUAUACUGGAUGCAGUGAAAGGUGUACAAACUCAAACGCAUACAGUUUGUCGCCAGGCUCAUCGUUACAAUCUUCCAUGUGUAGUUUAUAUCAAUAAAAUGGAUCGUCCAUCAGCCAAUGUGGAUGCGUGUUUAUACAGCCUGUCAAAUCAAUUGCCCACAAAAGCUAACUAUGUACCCUUACAUUAUCCAGUUUUCUCACAUCAUUUUGAUGAAAUCAAUGCGCCGUCAUCACCUGUGAACUAUUCUCGUGGUGCUGAUGUUAAAGACAGUACUAAAAGUCGAUUUGUUGGACUUGUAGAUCUGACCACAAUGGAAUUAAAGGCUCAUCGUUACAAUCUUCCAUGUGUAGUUUAUAUCAAUAAAAUGGAUCGUCCAUCAGCCAAUGUGGAUGCGUGUUUAUACAGCCUGUCAAAUCAAUUGCCCACAAAAGCUAACUAUGUACCCUUACAUUAUCCAGUUUUCUCACAUCAUUUUGAUGAAAUCAAUGCGCCGUCAUCACCUGUGAACUAUUCUCGUGGUGCUGAUGUUAAAGACAGUACUAAAAGUCGAUUUGUUGGACUUGUAGAUCUGACCACAAUGGAAUUAAAGAACUGGAUUUCAUGCAUUACUCCAGACGACGAAUACAUCUCAACGAAUUUACUCGAAGGGAUAAAUACAACUACCAGCUCGCAUUACUUGCAUAAGCCUAAUCAUCAUUCAAAAUCUCCUAAUGAAUAUAAACUAAACACCACGGAGGUUAUUCAACAAGCCUUGAAUGCACGUAUGCGAUUAUUGUCUGAGCUGGCUGAAAUCGAUGAAGAAUUCGCCAAUGAAUUUCUACAACUUGAUCGGCCAGACUUGUUAAUCCCUUCAGAUAUUGUUCAUAGGAGCUUAAAGAAGGCGGUACGUUCUUCUCGUGUAAUCCCUGUUUUAAUUGGCAGCAGUCGAAACAAUAUCGGGAUUCAACCUCUGUUGGAUUUCAUUGUGGACCAUUUUCCAGAUCCUAGCAGAUGCAAUUUACCAGCACCUGUUGUCAAAGUUUAUGAAGCAUGCAAAUCCCAGUUGCCAAAUACCAACGAUUUAAUGAAAGCAUCACAUAAUAAUGUAGACAAACAUUUAAAUAUUCUCUCUUCCAAAUUACCCAUUAUGCUUGUGUUUAAGAUAUGCUUUGAUCCUUAUCGUGGUCCACUUACUUUGGUUCGUGUCUAUUCUGGAGUGAUUACGCCUGGUUGUCAAAUAACCAAUUGGAGCCGAUAUAAUAAAAAUGGAUAUUUAUCUGAUGAGAAGAUAUUGAAUAUAUUCCAACUAAGUGGAGAUUCUGUAGAAGUGCUCAACAGUGCUGGACCAGGUAGCAUUGUAGCUUUAAGUGGACUUCAGUCAACCUAUACAGGUGACAUUCUUGGUCCUGUAUUGAAUACAUCGAAUAAGGGUAAACAAAUGGAGGUACAAAGCCCUACUGAUGAAGAAGUGACCGACAGUGGAACACCUGGUGAAUCGCUCUCGCUACUUACUGAAGUCUGCGAACCUGUUGUGUAUGCAGCUAUAGAACCUGGUAGUCGAUCUGAAAUACGCGCACUUGAACAUGCUCUCACUUGUAUGCAACGUGAAGACCCUAGCUUUCAUGUGAAAUUUGAUGAAGAAACUGGUCAAUGGACCAUAUCUGGUAUGGGUGAUCUACACCUGGAUGUUAUCCUUGCUAGAUUGAAACGUGAAUAUAAAGUUGGCGUUCGAAUGGGUCCUCUUUUAAUCGCUUACAAAGAGUGUCCAUCAGUUGAUGCUUGCAGUUCCUCUGGUUGGAAUUGUACAGUUGGACUUAUCAAUGGGAGUGAAAAAGCGGUUGGAGUCGAGAUCAUACUUCAACCAAAGAAGUCUCUGCAUUCACUUCAUAAGCCUCAGAUAAUCUUCGAUCAUCAUGGUGACGGGAAAAUUGCACGUUUACGGCACGCUAUCACAGAGGCGCGUUUAUCAGCCUUGGAAGUUAGCGGACCUAUUCUUGGCUCGUCUAUUAUUGGCGUAGACGUUCAUAUUCAUCGGAUUGUAUGCGGUCGUUCAGAACAGAUUGCAGACGGUUUAAAGCAUAUUGAUAAUAAUAAUCUGAAUGAUCUGAGCCUAGACAAGCUGUCGUAUGCACAACUUUCUUCAGCAUCUCUAUUGGCUUUAUUGAAAACAUAUUGUAUUGCCAGUCUGAGAGAUGCUGUCGCCAAGAUGCCCAGUUGGAAUCUUAUGGAACCAAUGAUGGAUGUUGAACUUAAACUUCCUGCUGAAAGAGGUAAUGCUUUGAUCAUGAUUUUAUAUAAAUAUAACAACUUGAAUAUUAGUUAUUUGACUACGUUUUAUAAUAAAGUGAAUCUAUAG